CAACAACACAUCAAUAGAUCAUCAUAAUCCAUUCUAUCUCAUCUCAGCUCUCACUCUUCCUCAAACUCUAGUAGUCUCACACCGUAAACUCCUCUCGCAAUGCCGCAAGCAUUCGGAUGUCCAACACCGUAUGCUGAACCACUGUGGUACUCCCGUGAUACAUCCCCUCAUUACAACGAUUCACAUCGGAAACUUCGCGCGUCUGUAAGGAACUAUGUUGAUGAGGAGUUGAGACCCUUUGCUUUUGAGUGGGAGAGUAGUGGGGAGAUUCCGGAGGAGGUAUGUUUUUCUUUCCCUUUACGGAACUCGUUUACUUGGUGAUGGAUGUGGGGAGAGGGGGGAAGAAGAAGGAGAGUAUGAGUCAAGGAGAAAAAUGAAAGACUGAUGUAAGGAAUUAGGUAUAUAAAAGACAUGCAGAGCUGGGAUAUCUCGCUUUGUCGACGGGCUUGAAGAAUGUUCCUCUCCCUGGGGGUAUCCCGUCUGAGGAUUGGGAUGAGUGGCAUACGUUGAUCGUCAAUGAUGAGUUGACUCGUGUGGUAUGUCCAUCGUUUACCCCCCUUUAUUUCCUCAUUUUACAUUUUAUAUUCAAGAAUAUAUCUGAGAUAUGAAAUGCAUAGGGGUACACAGGAGUAAGUUGGGGUACGGGAGGAGGAAAUGGUAUCGGUUGCCCUCCAAUUGUGAAUUUCGGCACAGAAGAACAGAAGAUAAAAUGGCUUCCCGGUGUAGCGAAUGGGAGUAUAAGAUUUUGUUUGGGCAUUACUGAGCCCGAUGGUAUUUCUCUCCCUUACUCAUCUCCUUUGAUCAGGGAUUUACGCAUGCUAACGGACCAAAAGCCGGAUCCGACGUCGCCAAUAUUCAAACCACCGCCAUCCGUCAAGGAAACAACUACCUCGUCAACGGCUCCAAAAAAUGGAUAACAAACGGUAUCUGGGCCGACUUCUGCACAGCAGCAGUACGUACCGGCGGGCCCGGCGCAAAAGGAAUCUCUCUCCUCAUCAUUCUCCUCUCCUCCCCCGGCGUCAAACGUCGCCGUAUGCACAACUCCGGUGUCAACGCCUCGGGAAGUACAUUUAUAACCUUCGAGGACGUCCUAGUUCCCACCUCCAACCUUCUCCAUAUUGAAAAUCGCGGAUUCGAAGUCAUCAUGUCAAAUUUCAAUGCUGAGAGACGCGCGAUUGCGACGCAGAGUCUUCGCUUGAGUAGGGUUUGCAUUCAGGAUGCUUGGGAAUAUGCUAACGAGCGUGAGACUUUUGGGAGGAAGUUGAUUGAGAAUGAACGUAUUCGCGGGAAGUUUGUUAAGAUGGGAAGGAUGGUUGAGCCGGCUUGGGCGAUGCUUGAGGAGUUAACGUGGCUUGUUCAGAACGGUGGGGAUGAGGUAAAGUUAGGGGGAAUGACCGCGCUUGUUAAGAUUGUUGCUACGAGGUGUUUGGAGAAGUGUGCUAGGGAGGCUCAGCAGGUGUUAGGAGGUCUUGGGUAUGCGAGGGGUGGGAAGGGAGGAAGGUAUGUGUUCCUUUUUCUUUACUUGGGGCUCUGGGCUAAGUGUUUUACUGAUAUACUGCACCAUAGAAUUGAGGCUAUUAGUCGUGAUGCGAGGGUCAUGGCUGUUGGUAAGUUCCUUCUUUAUCUUUGGUGGCUUUUAGACGGAGCCAGCAUGUAUAUACCUGGCACAAUUACUGAUCAAGAACAGGCGGCGGGAGCGAAGAAAUCAUGGGCGAGCUAGCUAUCCGAGAAGAAGCCAAGGAUUUGAGUCGAUACGCGAAAGGGGCCAGCAAAUUAUGAAAGAAUCGAGAUGCAUCUUUCAUAGAGUUACAGUACCAUAUGCGAAUGCUUUAUUCAUUCCAGAGUACGCACACAUUGUCGUCUUGACUUCAAGUUUUGCGGCCCGUUGACUCAUCAACAUCGACGAGAUCAUACCGCAGGGUUCGUCUAGGUGCUCAAUCCUCCAAUUUAUAUGUUGACAGAAGUGGUUUUGAGUAUAGGCUGCCUUCAUUGAGACCAGAUAUAAAAGGGAAGAGACGAGGUUAAAAUCUAGUUUUAAAUUCGAUAACCGUUAAAGGCCAUGCCUUUAAAAGGCUCUGGUCUUUGAAAAGAACUCCAAACGGCUAGCGGAAUGGUUUUGCUUCGCCAUGCUGCUCCUUUGGACGGACUCUAAGACUUCAAUUUGUACCAUAGUUGAUGACUGACUCCACACUUGCAUCUAAAACUUCGGCAACGACAGGGAAGCUGACACCUCUGAUGCGCCGUCCUGGAGGUUC